AUGUUUUACCCCCCUGCCCGCGCUGUUCUUAGAAGUGUCCGGCGUGGUGUCCAGUCCCUCCCUCAAUCACUCCAUCAGGUCCAGCCAUCCCACCUUGGGCAAGACCUUUUACUACUUCCUCAACGCAUUCCCUCCCCUCCUCUUCUUCUUCCUCUUUCUACUUCUUCAACCUUCAACUCUACCCUUCAUCCUCACACAUUUGCGCCCCUCACAACCGCAAUCAUGUCUCUCGCCAACAAGCUCUCCAUCACCGACGUCGAUCUCAAGGGCAAGCGCGUCCUCAUUCGCGUCGACUUCAACGUCCCCCUCGACGCCGACAAGAAGAUCACCAACAACCAGCGUAUUGCCGGUGCCGUCCCCACCAUCAAGUACGCCAUCGACAAUGGCGCCAAGGCCGUCGUCCUGAUGUCUCACUUGGGCCGUCCCAAUGGACAGGAGAACCCCAAGUACAGCCUGCAGCCCGUCGUCCCCGAGCUCGAGAAGCUGCUCGGCAAGAACGUCCAGUUCGCCAACAACUGCGUCGGCAAGGACGUUGAGGAUCUCGUCAACAAGGCCACCGACGGCCAGGUUGUCCUCCUUGAGAACCUGCGCUUCCACAUUGAGGAGGAGGGUUCCGCCAAGGACAAGGAGGGCAACAAGACCAAGGCCGACAAGGCCAAGGUUGAGGAGUUCCGCAAGGGCCUCACUGCCCUCGGUGAUGUCUUCAUCAACGACGCCUUUGGCACUGCUCACCGCGCCCACUCCUCCAUGGUCGGUGUCGACCUGCCCCAGAAGGCCUCCGGUUUCCUCAUGAAGAAGGAGCUCGAGUACUUCGCCAAGGCCCUCGAGAACCCCCAGCGCCCCUUCCUCGCCAUCCUCGGUGGCGCCAAGGUCUCUGACAAGAUCCAGCUCAUCGACAACCUGCUGGACAAGGUCAACACCCUCAUCGUCUGCGGUGGCAUGGCCUUCACCUUCAAGAAGACCCUCGAGAACGUCAGCAUUGGUGACUCCCUCUUUGACGAGUCCGGCUCCAAGACCGUCGGCAAGCUCGUCGAGAAGGCCAAGGCCAACAAUGUCAAGCUCGUCCUCCCCGUCGACUACGUCACCGCCGACAAGUUCGACAAGGACGCCAAGGUCGGCUCUGCCACUGACGAGUCCGGCAUCCCCGACGGCUGGAUGGGUCUCGAUUGCGGCCCCAAGUCCAUUGAGCUCUAUAAGCAGGCCAUUAACGACUCCAAGACCAUCCUCUGGAACGGCCCCGCUGGUGUCUUUGAGUUUGACAACUUUGCCACCGGCACCAAGUCGACGCUCGAUGCCGCCGUCGCCGCUGCCGAGGGCGGCAAGAUUGUCAUCAUCGGCGGUGGGGACACGGCCACCGUUGCCGCCAAGUACGGUGUCGAGAGCAAGCUCAGCCACGUCUCCACCGGCGGUGGUGCCAGCUUGGAGCUUCUCGAGGGCAAGGAACUGCCCGGUGUCACUGCUCUGUCGAAUGGGAAAAGGCCGGCCUGGUAA